AUGGAUCAGCCUCCCCAGCUACCUCAGAUGCAGCCUCAACCUCAAGCACCAAAUCCGUUUGCUCAGUCUCCAGGAGGUGCAUCAGCAGCGAGUCAAGCUAGUUUUGCGCCAGUAAUUGAUGCGAUCGGCCAGCUUUUGCAGGCCCACAAUCACACGAUGCAGCAACUAGCUGAGCGGGCUCCUGAAAGCUCUCAGCUGUGGAGUAAGAUCAUCCCGAAGCCCGAAACAUUCAAACCCAAAACUCGGGAUGAAGAACUUCAACUGUGGCCUGAAUUCCAGUGGAUUUUCCGUCAGUAUGUUGGAGCCGUAUCUCCAAAGAUGCUUGAGAUCAUGGAUGAAGUCGAACAUGAACCUGAUGUUCCCAUGGAUCAUGCAACCAUGGCGGAAUCUGCAGUUUCGCAGUCUAGAGCUUUAUAUGCGCUGUUGGCUUCCUUGACGAAGGGCAGACCCCUCAACAUCGUACGCUCUGUGUCAGAUUCAAAUGGCGGUGAAGCUUAUCGGCUCCUUGUGCGAACAUUGUCUCCUACAUCAAAAUCAAGAGCUUUAGCGCUUCUUGGUGCCAUUGCUCAGUAUCCUUCGUUCACCACGGGAAGUUUGCUGGAGCAGAUUUUGAAAUUUGAAGAGCUACAUGUUCGAUAUCGUCAAGCUUCAGGUAAGGAAGUAGAUGAACAACUUGUGAGUGCAGUGCUUCUUCGAUCACUUCCUCCCGAAGUCAAGAGUCAUGUGACAGUCAAUUUGCCUGAAGAUGCGUCGUAUGGUGUAUUGCGUGAGAUGCUCAUGAAGUGGGAGCGUGGGACUCAGAAAUGGUCGUCUUCAUUGGUUUCUGGUGGGAAUGCGCACUCCGAUGCCAUGGAUGUUGAUCAGAUUGGGCAGGUGAAGGGUGGUGACAAAGGAAGAGACAAAGGAAAAGGAAAGGGCAAGGACAAAGGCAAAGGAAAAGGAAAAGGACACCACCAACAUCAGCAGCAAUACCAGCAACAUUACAAUCAUCAGUAUGGGCAAGAGAAAGGCAAAGGAAAGAAGGGCAAGGAUGGAGGAAAGCAUCAACAACAGUGGAGCCCAUGGAGCAAAGGGAAGGGGAAGGAAUCGAAGGGCAAGGGGCAAGGGGCAGCGCAGCAAAACCAGUGCCGGCUUUGUGGACAAUACGGUCAUUGGAAGAACGAGUGUUGGAUGAAUCAGCAUAAGGUGCGGGCCGUGAAUGAAUCCGAAGCCUUUUCCCCAAAUCACGCUUCGAUACCGAACCCUUCUACGUCGACCGCUGGUGCGAACCAACAGGCCAAAGUUAAGCGGGUUUUCUGUUUGACUGAGAACGCAGAUGCCAUCGUCGACAGUUCAAGUGCCAGCAUUCAUAUGCUCCAGUGUUUCACCAUUCAUGAUGCUGGUGAUCCAUUCUUGAGUACGUCCGAGCCACGGCAUUGA